GAACGCUCAAACCUCUUUUCAUUUCAGUCUUCCGCACACUAUCCCUCUUCCCCCCACCCCUUGUUUCCACCCCGCCUUCCUUCCACCAACCUGAGCGGUUGAGCAGCGGCGGCGCGGCGGCACAGCAGUUCGUUAGUCACGCAACGCCAGCGGAGCACAAUGCAUCCUGUCAUCCCGCUUCAUCGCAUGCAGAAAUCACCUCACUUGCACAUUGCAUAUACUCCCGUUGUCCUCAGUGACCUGUUGCUGCCAUCAUUUUAUAACACCAAUAAUAACACCGUAAAAAAAACACAAGGUGUUUACUUUUCAGGUCAUGUUUUUUCUUAUUAAUCACUGAUCUUUGCACAAGUUGUUGUGAUAAUCCUUUUAAAGACUGUUUCCUCAAUAGCAAAAGGAGAGAGAGUGUGUUUACUUAUGGGGGGUUAGUGAAUGCGGUUGGGGAGGUGGGACGUGUUAAAUAUUGAAGACAAAGCUCCUCAAGACACUUGUGACAAGUGUGACACAGAUGCUGCAGCCCGUUGGUGUGUCAUUGUGUUUUUUUUUGGGGGGGGGGGGUGCACUGCAUAAGGGUGACCCCCAAGCUUGUCAUGUGACUAAUAAGCAGCCUGCCGUGCACAGUUUUGAUUAUCAAAUCAAAGAAGAAGAAUCAAGAAUUAUCUAACGAUAUUCGAUCAUUUUGACCUUUUAAAAAAACACUAAGUAUCAUUGAGAUUAACAUUUAAAGAUUCUGUCAUCAUUGCAUACACAGUUGUCUAUUAUUAAAUUAUUUUAUGGGGGUUAUGUUUGAGCUGUGUAAUACAUUGGAUAUGACAAACUCCACGAUAGCUUAACGUGCUUGAAUGCACCACUACGGCAGCUCAGGAGGGACACUAAAGAUAUCGCCACUUUCUGUGCAUUACAAGCUGCCACCAUUCUGCGCUGUUUCUUUUCAUAUUUCAUAUUCACCCGCCGAAUAAAAGCGUCAGUAAGCGUUGACAGUCGUAAAGAAGUCUAUGUUCCACACCGGAACUGUAGGAUUCGGUUUUAACAUUGUACUUUCAUUAAUAUUCGCUUCUGCUUGCUAACUGCUAGCACUCCGUGUAGCCCCCGCCUCCACGAAGAUGCUUAAUAGUUGAGAGGAUGUUCACUCUUUUGUGUUUAUUUUAUAUAAAGCCAAUGCGUACCGACACAUGCAAAGUGAACCCUCUUCUUAUUCUGCCUGUGUACUACAAUAUAAUAGAGCAGACGCUCAUACACUUGUGUCAAUUUAUUAAUUUAAUACAUCGUAACAGGCGUAGAGUCAGUAAAAGCGCCCCGGAGUGUUAACAAACAGCAGGUCAAACAACAACUGUCUCUUUCCGAUGUGUGUCACGUUAAGUGGACAAGAGGUCAGGGAUCAGUGGAGUAGUAGGUGAUUGGGGUCUUCAGUAAAGAGUACAUCCCUCAGGGAACCCGAUUUGGCCCCCUGCAAGGAGACAUCUACACCAAAGACAAUGUCCCAAAACAGGCCAACAGGAAAUACUUCUGGAGGAUUUAUAGCAACGGGCAGCUGCAGAACUUUGUCGAUGGCUAUGACGUCCACAGGAGCAACUGGAUGCGUUACGUUAACCCGGCAAGGUCUCUGGCCGAACAGAACCUGGUGGCUUGUCAGAACGGUCGGGACAUCUUCUUCUACACCAUCCGACCCGUGGAGCCCAAGCAGGAGUUGCUCGUGUGGUACAGCCAGGAGUUCGCCCAGAGGUUGUGCAGCCAACAGGAUAAUAUCAAACACGAAUACAUAAAUAUGGAUGAUGAUCAAGACAAGACCAAACAGCAAGUAAUUCAGCACAUGUGGCUCAAGGAGACAGCAAAGGAAGAGGCGAAAGAGAAGAAGAACGAUGAUGGAGAAGUGGAUGUGGAGAUGUUGGGGCGAGACACCCCUCCUGACACUCCUGACGAUCAAAUCAUGGACUUCAGUAAAAAGAUUGAAAAGGAGGAGAAGAUCGAAAGAGAUCCAGAGCAUGGUGGGUUCAUUCCGUCCCCACGCCCGGAACAAAGAGGCGUAGGAUUGAAUCCUCCGUACUUUCCAGAACAUCACCCCGCCCUCGCAGCUGAUCACAGAAGCCUACCUCUUCACCUCCAUGGUAUCUACGGCCACAAGGAAGGGCUGGUGUCAUCUUAUCCGCUUUACCCUCAGUCCCGAACACUCCAGCCCGCCUAUCAGCUCCUUCAACCCUAUGCUUCGCAUUAUCCUCGCCUUCUCCUCCCGUCUUACUCCCCUCCAUUUCCCGGAAUGCUGCCAUCAAGAGGAUCCCUCCGGUACGGCAGCUAUCUGGGCACGGAUGGACUCCCGUACCCUCCUAUCAGCACCCCGAGUCUACUUCCAAUGUCGCUCCCUUACCCUCCAUCUCCACAGGGUGGUCUGAAAGAACUAACCCCGAAUGUGUCCCCGCCAAGAGGAGCCCCAGCAACCCCUGAACUCUCCCCCAUUCCCAAACCGAGGAGCCAGCUUGCUUCGCCUGAACAGACUUCCACAAACUGCGAGGAGGCAAUGAACCUAACCUUGGAUACUACCAAAGGAAACUUGAUGCUGCGAAAUCGACCUGGACACAAAUCCUUGCCAUACCCACUAAAGAAGCAGAACGGAAAGAUCAAGUAUGAAUGUAACAUCUGCUCAAAGACCUUUGGACAGUUGUCUAAUCUCAAGGUUCACCUCCGAGUGCACAGCGGCGAGAGACCUUUCCAGUGCAGCUUGUGCAAGAAGAGUUUCACUCAGCUGGCUCAUCUACAGAAGCAUCACCUCGUCCAUACAGGGGAGAAGCCACAUGAGUGUCAGGUGUGUCAAAAGCGAUUCAGUAGCACCAGCAACCUAAAAACUCACCUCCGACUCCACUCUGGGGAAAAACCGUACCAGUGCAAACUCUGCAGCACCAAGUUCACUCAAUACAUCCACCUGAAGCUGCAUCGGCGUCUCCACAGCAACCGGGACCGCCCGUACCACUGUCAGCUCUGCUCCCACGCCUUCUUCCAUCACUUCUCCCUCCGCAUCCAUCAACGCAGCUGCUGCCGCGCCAACUCCACUUCACCUUCACCCGAACACAUGAAAGAAAUAUUAGAGCGUUUCGACGCCAGCCAGGAAGCCGACGCGCUCUCGGAAACGGCGUCUGCGCCUCAAGUGGAGGAAGCCGUAGAGAAAUGGCUUGCUCGUACUUUAGAAGGCGACGGCAAAGAGGACCAGAAGGAAGCCACGCUUUUACUAAAAGCUCUCACCGCGGCUACCAAUGCAACCGUUGUCGGACAAGCACCCGCUUCCCAACACACCACCACGACCUAUCAGGAUAGAGCUAGCGUUGUGCAUCUCCACAAACGGCCAACGGUGAAAUCGGAGCGCCAGUGAGACUAUCGAAACUAUCGAAAAUGAACAAAGGAGAUUUUUAAAGAUGUCGCCAAAUGUAGCCUUUUGAUUAUGAUUGUUGAUGAGGAACACAGCAGGGGUUCGAAAACCACCAGACAACCAAAAGAAGAGCAUUCCAAAGACCGGAACGAGGAACAUACUUUGUGAUUGUACUUCCUCUCCCAAAGAGUUACACAAAGAUGGAGAACGAGGGAACUUUUUAAGCUGUGAAGUCGAUUCUUUUCACUCAGGUAGACUUUUUGUUGUGUUAAUUUAUCUUUUUUGACAGUUUAGUUGUGUUUAUUUAUUUUUUUUUUAGUUAUUUAAUGAAUAGUAGACUUUAAAAAAAUAAUUGCUCAGGAACAGUAUAAGUAUAGUUUAUUAUGUGUGUAUGGCACAAAUAACCUCCCGUUUGUUAAUGACUAAUUUAUUUAUUUAUUACUAAAAAAGGGAAAAUCGGGUAUCUUUAAAUUGUGUUUUAAAUGAUACUUUGCCAAAACAUUAUGAGCAUUGUUUUCUUUCUCGCCCAAAAAUACCGAAUGGUAAUAAAGUCGGUAGUUGUAGCGUCACACUGGAUUCAAUUUUUGAAUAAGCAAAGCUUUAUUGUACAUCAUUUGAAUCCAAAUCCUUUUUUUUCAGGUAGUACUUGACGUUAGCAGUCAGUAACAAAACAGCACAAUGUUUGUCCUUAAGCACGUGAAACAAAAAAUAACCCACAUGUAUAUGUAUGUACUUCACAUGUACUACACAUGUACUACAUGUCAUCAUUUUCUAGUUUUUUUUUUUUUUUUUAUACAACCAUGUAGUUUAUUUUUGGAAGCAGGUUUGAGAUUGUAAGAAUUUAUAUUGUGAGAUACUAUUUUGAUUAUACUUUUAUAUGAUG